AUGUCCAAGGCAUCGAGAUUUUCGAGCGAUGACAUAUGGAAGAAUAAUGUCGAAAAAAUAGUAUGUUUUAGAUUUAUUUAGGGAGGGAAAACCAAGAUAUGGCAUUUUGGAGAUUUCGGUUUACUAACGAUGAUACCAGAACUCAGAAUUGUUCACGUUGACGUAUGGAUCAGUUGUUUCGCAGCUCUGUAGGGACUACAACAAUAAUUACCAGGAGGUGAACCAGCAGUUGGACAGAAUGGGAUAUAAUAUAGGGUUAAGGCUAAUCGAAGAGUUUGUGGCCAAGACGGGAGCUCAGAGGUGCCAGACGUUUAAAGAAACGGCAGAAAUAAUCUCCAAGGUGGGAUUCAAGAUAUUUUUGAACAUCCAGCCCGUGGUGACCAACUGGAGCCAGGAUGGCAAGUCGUUUUCGUUGAUAUUGGUGGACAAUCCGUUGGCGGAGUUUGUAGAAUUGCCUGUCACGAACGAUAACAAGAUCAAUAAGGAGUUAUGGUAUUCACAGGUAUUGUGUGGUGUAUUGAGAGGGGCGCUACAGAUGGUGCAACUUGAUGUUGACGUGUGGUUUGUUAAGGAUGCUUUGAGAGGUGAUGAACAGACAGAGCUUAGAUUGAAGCUCAAUAAAAUCUUGAAAGACGAAGUACCAGCUGGCGAAGAUUAG